CACAUUUUGCUGUCAAACGGGUUGAGAGUGGUUCUCAUCGCGUCCCUUUUACGAUUUGUUAACAUUUCCUUGGCCCCGACUGCGUGCCUUUGCUUUUCUUCCAAUGGCAAUUGCCAUAAAAUUCCCAUAAUUGUCCAGUGCAGCGUAAAAUUUGGCAACUGCCUUUCGAAGUGAGACAGGGAGGGGAGUCUGCAGAAGGGCCAAGAGGGAGAAAGGAAGUUGGGAUAGGGGUGAAAAGAUACCCGGGGUUUCCUAACAAUUGUUCUGUCAUAAUUUGCUGACUGAACUGGCGCACGCAUGUAUUUGUUUAGCUAAUUAGCAUUAAUUAGUCACUAUUUUUGAUGACUCGUAUAAUUGGCUGGGAUCCUUGGUCUUCAUGCAGUCAGUUUUCCUGGAGCUUGCUGCCGUUGUGGUAAUCGAUAAAAAGCGCCAACAACAAGCCAACUAACUACACACAAUGUGGUGCCAUCUACCACGCCUCCCCGCCCCAUUCCACCGAAAUCUCGGACAUAGAUGGCGCUGUGGUGCGCGCGUGUUAAGUAUUCAAAUCAGCCCCCAAAAACGGGCAGUAAGAGCGGUCGGUGAGUCAGAGAGCGUUUUUUUGUUCCUCGAAGAGCGUAGGCCUUCACACGUACACUGUGCGUGUGUGUCUCGCCCUCUGCGACCCCUGUGACUUGGAGCACCUGCUGAGCUCAGCGAAUUCCAGAGCUAGAGCCAGAGCCAGUCCCCCUCCCCCUCCCAGUCCCAGUCGAAGUCGAAGUGCGAUACCAUCUCUGCCUCAUCGAAGGGGCUAGUUGAAACAGUACUAUUUCCCCCCAGCAACAUUUAGAACUCUCUUCGGCUCCCCCACUCACACACACACACACACUCGCAGGCAGUCUGGGAGCCACACAGACGCUGUAUACAGUGUACGUGUGCAUAACGCGCCACAAGAGAGCCACAGCAGCUAACAGCAACUGCAGCAACCACCACCAUCAGCGGCAGCAUCGAAUAUUCAUCGGCGCAUGUGCGCGCUCUCUUGCGAGCCAGAGUCACACGGACGGGGAGGCGCACACACACACACGCUGGAGCGGGCUGGCGCCGCUGCGUUUAGUGCUUGUGUUGUGUGCGGGGCUGGCCUCUUGACUCUUAAGGCGAGACAGAGAAAGAGCGCUGCUUCUGCUUCUGCUUCUGCCUUUGGUUUGCUUUUGGUUCUGGUCUUGGUCUUGUGUUGUCGGUGUGCCUGUGCUGUGCUGUGCCAGCGAUGUGCGAUGUGGAUAUGUUGUCGCCGUGCGUUGCUGCUGUCAGUGUAGAUUUGUGCUUCGCUCUGUUCGGUUGGAAGGCGCGCGGGCGUCCAGCAGCAACAGCAACAACAGCAACGACAACAACAGCCGAGGCAAGCGGCCCUGCAACUUCGUCGAGGACUGGGACUUGAGCUAUUUCGUACUCGUACUCGCCGUCCAUUCACAUUCACAUUCGGCUGGAAGUGUUCCGUUCGAGCGGUUCGAAAAAUACAAGUUGAACUUUUUCGAAAAAAUAAAUUAAACGAAUCGCUUUUGGAGUCGUGCUAAAAUUUAAAUCAAAAAGCUAAAAUCGCAAUCAAAACAUCGAGUCGCCGGCGAUGUGAGGAGGAGAAACAAUAACAUUUUUGUUAACUGUUGCAAACAUUGCCUUUAAUUGUUUGUUUUGGUCGUAAAAUCAAAUUUUAUGACCAGCAACAUAAAAAGCGAACACCAACAGCAGCAGCAGCAAAAACAACAACAACUGCAGGCCACACAAAUAAUAAACUAUUAAUGAUAAUUAUAAAAGAGAGGAAAAAAUUAAAAAAACGAAUGCCAACCAAAAAAGAAAAGUGAAAAGAAAACUUUAACCGACAACGGGAAAAUUGGAAAAGUUUUGGAAAAUUGGAAUGACCGAACGCAAACUGAAAACCGAAAACUGAAAACUGAAAAAGCCAAUUUGAAAAUACUGCGUGAGUUGCGGACGACCGCAAACACCCUGUGAAAUCCAAGCUGAUUCGAUCCCCUGUGCAACAACAAAGUGACUCUCUUUGCCCGCUCUUUGGGCAGUGUGCGUGUGUGAGUAAGUCGGCGUGUGCGUGUGCCCGCUGACGGACGUCUGUGUGCGUGUGCGGUACGCAAGUAAAAGCCAAGGAACUCGAAUAAUAGUGGUCUGGAUAUAAAAAGUAAAGAUAUAAGAAAUAAAGACGCAAAAUAAAAUAAGAUUAAAACAAUUAGGAGCGUGUCACUCAGAGGAGUGAGGAAAAAAGAAAAAGACAGAGAAAGGUCGGUGGGUCGAGGCGAUCGACCCCACUGCACCGCCUUUACCCUCGCCGCCGCAGUUCGAGUGCAACGCGUCCAAGAUAACCGUAAAUAUUCCACCCCUCCCCCAAACCCCAACCAUCCCGCUGGCGUGCGCUCUCUACGACCCCCACGAUGUCUCGGCAGUCGGGUCGCACGCCGCUGCCGGGGCGUGGUGGGGGCAUCACACACACACCCACACCCACGUACCCACCGCCCCGCACCCGCAUCCGCAUCCCCAGGCGCAUCCCUCCCUGCCCGUCAUGCAGCAGCACCACCUGCAGCAGCAGCAACAGCAGCAACAACAGCAGCAGCAGCAGCAGGAGCAGCAGCAUCUGCAGGAGCAGCAGCAGCAUCUGCAGCAACUGCACCACCAUGCGCACCACCACCUGCCUCAGCCUCUCCACACCACCAGCCAUCACCACAGCGCGCAUCCCCACCUGCAGCAGCAGCAGCAACAGCAACAGCAGCAGCAGCAACAUGCAGUGGUCGCCUCCUCGCCCUCCUCGGUGCUCCAGCAACAGCAGUCAACUCCCACCACACAUUCCACGCCCACGCAUGCGGUCAUGUACGAGGAUCCUCCGCCUGUGCCACUUGUCGCCGUGCAGCAGCAACACCUCCCCGCUCCGCAGCAACAGCAGCAGCAGCUCCAACAGCAGCAGCAGCAACAACAGCUGGCGACAACACCGGUGGCCGGCGCCCUCAGUCCCGCCCAAACACCCACUGGACCCUCCGCCCAACAACAGCAACAGCAGCAGCAACAUCUCACAUCGCCCCACCACCAGCAACUGCCGCAGCAGCAACAAACCCCAAACAGCGUCGCCAGCGGCGCCUCCUCGAAUCUCCAGCAGCAGCAGCAGCAACAGCAGAAUGCUGCAGUUGCUCCUGGCCAGACGCAGAUCGUUGCGCCGACCACGGCGAGUGUUUCUCCCUCCAGUGUUAGUUCGCAGAAGGAAGACAUCAAUAUGUCCAUCCAAUUAGCGCCACUGCAUAUACCCGCCAUCCGGGCCGGUCCGGGAUUCGAGACGGACACCUCGGCGGCGGUCAAGCGGCACACGGCACACUGGGCCUACAACGACGAGGGAUUCAACCAGCACUACGGUUCCGGGUACUACGACCGCAAGCACAUGUUCGCCUACCCCUACCCAGAAACGCAGUUUCCGGUUGGUCAGUACUGGGGCCCCAACUACCGCCCCGAUCAGACCACCUCUGCCGCCGCGGCGGCGGCCUACAUGAACGAGGCGGAGCGCCACGUGAGCGCCGCCGCCCGCCAGUCCGUCGAGGGCACAUCGACGUCCAGCUACGAGCCGCCCACCUACUCCUCGCCGGGCGGACUGCGUGGCUAUCCCAGCGAGAACUACUCCAGCUCAGGAGCCUCUGGUGGAUUGUCGGUGGGAGCGGUGGGCUCUUGCACGCCCAAUCCCGGACUGCACGAGUGGACCGGUCAGGUGUCCGUCCGGAAAAAGCGCAAGCCGUACUCGAAGUUCCAGACCCUGGAGCUGGAGAAGGAGUUCCUUUUCAAUGCGUAUGUCUCCAAGCAAAAGCGCUGGGAAUUGGCCAGAAAUUUGCAGCUGACCGAGCGACAGGUCAAGAUAUGGUUCCAGAAUCGGCGCAUGAAGAACAAGAAGAACUCACAGCGCCAGGCCAAUCAGCAGAACAACAACAAUAACUCGAGCAGCAACCACAACCACGCGCAGGCGACCCAGCAGCACCACAGCGGCCACCACCUGAACCUUAGCCUGAACAUGGGUCACCAUGCCGCCAAGAUGCACCAGUGACCCUUGGACAACAGCAGCGCUGGCGCCAUGGGCUUUGCCACCUACUAGCAGUUAGCCAAUCCGAGUUCGGGUAACCCCAGCUCGAAUCCCAACCCCAUGUCCGAUCCAAACCACCAUCAUCUAAUCAAGAACGAGCUGGCCAUGGACUUUCCAUGCUAGUCCAGCGAUAGGACUCCAGGAUAGGCGACUCCAGCCAGGCCGAGUUCAGUCGGUUAAAUGUACAAAACCCAGAGAUCUCUAGCAUGCGGGAUAGGAAUAUGUGACCAGAUAGAGGAGCAGGAUAACGACGAGGACGAGGAUGAGGAUGAGCAGCUGCCCAGAAGUGCGCAGGCGUCGCUGAUGUAUGAUGCGUCUUGUGUGACCAAGUGACGUUGAUGGAGAUGCAGUUUAUUAUUAAGCCAGUUCUACGGAUCGCAGAGAUCCAAAACCCAACACGAUAAUGCAGCUUAGUUCGGUAGUUGAAUAUAGAUACGAGUAAGAUGAAGAAUAAGCAGCAGCAGCAGCAGUAGCAGUAGCAGAUGCACUUGAAAUUCGCAACUGUACGAAAAUAUAUGUAUGUACGUAUUUCUCUCAACGCUCUCAUUAGCCUAGGCGAGCACUAUGAAUUUUCCGAACUAUAAAUUAUGAAUAUGAAUAUACUUAAACGUCAGUGAAUAUAACCCCGCAUAAAUUAUGAAUACACGCGUUCGAGUAGUAGAUUUUACCAUACCUAUCCAUGUAAGAGCCAGAAGGCGGCUGAGUUAGCCAGUGCAGCAGAGCAGCAAAACAGCAGAGCACAUUUUAGACCCAGAUAAAUGUUCUUGAAACACACAAACAAAUUGUUUAACAAUUUUCGGACCCCUCACAGCCCCGCAAACAAGAAGACACACUCCGCAGUCUAGGAUAAAUUUUGUCGUGUAAUGUUCGUCGUGUCGUGUCCUUUGAUACCUUCUAAGUUCCUGUAUAUAAACUAUAAGACAUUGCGCUGAUUUCCGGCCGAAGCAAGCACUCGAUAACUAAAUUACAUCGGAUAUAUAUUUAUAUAUAUAUGCGUACACGCAGAGAUAUUCAAUAUUUGUAUAAUAUGAACUCGGAUUCGAUUUUAGCAAAUGGUAAUUGUAAGUUGCAAAAAUUUCAAUGAGUGUGUGCAUGUUUACCCCAUAGUUAAAGUCGCUUUCGAAUUAAAUUAACUCUAAAACCAAGGAAACGAAACACUUAACAAAACUACUCGUAAAGCUAAAGCAACAAAAACAUAAAAGAUACCACACUUUACAGAAGUAAGCGAGUGUGAAAACGAUGGAGGGGAGAUGUCGGGGAGAUGUCGGUGAGGAGUAAUUAGCAUACCGUAACAGCUACUUACAUAUAUAACAUACACAUAGUACAUAUAGUAAUCGUACAUAUGCAUACAUAUAUUUUCAUGUGUAUCGACGCCGCUUGAUCCUGAUAUUAAGUCUAAGUUUAGUUGUGUUGUGUAAUUAUCGAUUUUGUUAAUGUUUUGCCCCGAGCAUUAUAUUAUAUUAUGCUAACCUAUACCUAUACCUACACCUACACCUACACCUAUGCCUAUCAUUACAUGUGUAUAAUUAGCCUAUACAACUUGAUGAAGAAAUGAUUUCACCCACUGCUUUAUUCAUGUUCUUGUAUUAUUAUUAUUUCGAGCCCUCGAUAAGUUGUAGUCUAAAGUCGGUUAUGUUUAUGAUUAUGUUCGAUUAUAGUUUGUUUAGUGAAUUUUAAUCUAGCGUUAGCAAUUCUCUUUUUUAAAAAGUUAAUUAUUGUGAAUAAAAUACAACAAGUUGCAGAAGUGCAAAAAUAUACACACAAUUCAAAAUAUCCCAACUA